CGGCGGCCGCCAUAUUCUACAUGCAGUACGUUGGAGUGACCGAGUGAUGGAAGUAGGCUACACCAUAACCAUAAAUAAAACCAGCGAAUUUUCUACCUUAGAAGUGGAAAUUUGAUAUUAUCUAACGAGUAAUCAAGAUGUCUGACGCCUCCUCAGACGCAGAAGCUCAAGCCGAGGGGCUGACGGAUUGGCAAACCAAAGAUCGCCUCGUGAAGGAGAAGGUUGCCAAUAUGUACCGCUUUACAAACAACGUUGAUCUACGUAGGAUGCCCCAGGAAACCUUUGAGACUGCGAUGGCCAGCCGUGCGACUCUGGCACUGCAUGCAGUACGGAGGAAGAGCACGAAUAAGGUCAAGCGGAACUUUGAGACUAACUCGGUGGUUUCGUUCCACAGUGAUGAUAAACUUAUUCGAGUGGUACUUACCGAGAAUCUCCCUUUCAUGUGCACUCUGUGUGGAGAGACAUUUGUUCACACUCGACCAUUACAGGAUCAUGUAGAAGAGAAGCACAGCUACUUUCAGGAAAAUAUCGAUCUUCAGGCACCAAGGAAAAAGCCAAUCAUCAUUGCAAAGAAUUUUGGACGGAAAGAGAAGAAUGCCCUACAAGAUCAACUUGACAACUCUGAUGACGAAAAUGAUGAUGGUGAUUCGGUUGCACCUGCGGUGGUAUCAGAUGCAGAACCAGAUAGACAAGGUGCAGAAGAGGAAGGUAUAGUACCUGUUGCUAUCGGCAGUGUUACUGACGAUGGUGUUGAACUGCUUCUAUCUGAAAUGGCAAGCCAAGAAGAGGUUCCGACAACAGUAGAAGAAGAAACUGCGAAAGGGCCGUUCUUCAAUGGCACCUCGCCUUCUAAAGAAAUAGCUCCUCAGAAGGUUCCGGUCAUAAGAAAAAAGCCCAAAAAGAAGAAAAAGAAACAGCGGAGAGACAAGUACACUGUGGUGAACGCGGAGCAUAUUGUCAAGGAGCGUGAAGAGAGUGAGCGGAAGAAGCAGAAGCUGGAUGAGAAUGGGGAGCCAAGGGAAGUGAGGAAGUUGAGGCCGUUCUGCGUCAUUUGCCAUCUUCACUGCGAGAGCAGGGUGAUCUGCCGACAGCACCUUGCCGAAGCACACAAUAUCUAUCCCAGCAGGGAGGCUGCAGAGAAAGCUUGGAAGCGAAUGAAGGAAAGGGGAGAAGAUCCUGUGGUGAAUGGAGCUGAUGAAUGCAGAGAUGGAGUUUCGAAUGAACAAAGGGAGCAGGAGGAUGUCUCAAUGGAUUCCCUUGGUAAUGUCGAAGGUGAAAUUAUCAAAUGCGAGUUCUGUGAGUCCUACGUCUUUGACAAUAUUACCUAUGAGAAGCAUAUGCGAGCUCACUGUGGUAACCCUGGGAUCAAAUGUGAUAUAUGUAGGGAGGGUAUUCGUCUGUGGGAAAAUCUGAUGUUGGACGAACUGAAGGAUCUAGGUGAAAGGAUGUUAUCCAAGGACAGGCGACCUCAGGAUGUGGAUUGUGACACUGGCAAGACUGCCCAGAGAAAAUAUCCCAAUUCCAGAAUUGUCUCAACCUGCUACGAAUGCAACGAACAGUUCUACCACAGCAGUCAUAUUGGGAAUCACUAUGCCAAAGCGCAUUCGAGCAUCACAUGCAAAGAAUGCCAAAUCACACUACCGAACAUGCAGGCCCUUGCCGUUCACAGUCUUGAUAAGCACAGACCAGGGGUCUUCAGAUGCCCUUGGUGUCCAAGGCGAUUCCAUGACAGAGGGAAGUAUAACUAUCACCUCGCUGGUCACAUGGGGCAGUACCGAUGCCCAGGGUGUGGGAGGAACUUUGUGGAGAAGCCGUCCCUCAAUUAUCACUUAAAGAAAUACGAAAAGUUUCCAGAGCACUUCCAGGGGCGCCAAAAGGUCGUCCAAGAGAUUUCUUUUGAAAAGCCGUUCUUAUCGAGUGGCAUCACAGAUCAUCAGAAUAGAGAACUAGUUGUCAUGGUCUGUGAGCUCUGCAAUGCCACAUUCCUCAAUAAGGGCGGUUACACCAGGCAUAUGAACAAAGUGCAUCCAGGGCAUCAAGGUCGACCCAUGGAAAAAUCAUUCAUUUGCGAUAUCUGUGGCAACGUGUUUUGGUCCAAGACGAACUUGAUGAUGCACAAGAAAAUACAUGACAAGAAAUUUCCCUGCACCUAUCCAGGGUGCACUAAGAAGUUCUGGGCCCGGAGCAUGAUGAAAAAGCACAUGGAGACCCACGAGGGUGCCCCCACAUAUUUCUGCGAGGAUUGCGGGAGGACCUACAAACAUUCCGGCUCACUGCGGCUCCACCGGAGAACCCACACAGAAGGAAGGGGCAAAUGCGAUAAAUGCGGUCUAGAAUUCAAGGGUCGCGCUAACCUUGCCAAGCACAUGAAUGACGUCCACAAGCAAGUGUUAUUGUUUACGUGUGGUGUCUGUGAUAUGCAGUUGGGUUCAAGGUCACAGCUCCUAUCUCAUGCUAAGGUACACAGCGAGCACCUCCAGGGUUUUGUUUGUGAAACCUGUACCUGCGUGUUCCCAGAAGAGCGACUCCUCACACAGCACAUGCGUGUCCACAAUAAGACUUACCAAUGCAAUUAUUGCCAAGACGUCCUAGACAGUGCCGAUGCCUUAAAACGCCACCAUCUCCAAGAACAUGCUUUUCCUGCGCAACAAACCCCUGACAGUAUUCAGCAUUUCGAUGCUGAUACUACUAGCAUACAGAUCGAGGUUCAGGAUUCAGGUGUUGUUAUUAUGGAAUACCCCAGUACUGAUCAAGAAGCAACAGAUAGAGCGAUUGCAGCGAUUGUCUCGGAGUUACAGGGCUAAGAAUGACCCACAUAUACAUGUAGUGGGGAUUCCCCUUAUAUUCAGAAAUCAAAUAGUCAAUUAAACAUUGUGGCCCGUAUUCUUAAGUUGGGUUUAACUUAGAUGAUGGUCUCUGUGCUAAUAUUUUGCAUCUCUUAUGUUUACUAAUUUGUUUCUGGUUGCUUUCAUAAUGAAGAAAAAUACUUCAGAAUACUUCAAUUAUCAUUCCCAGACAAUUCUGAACAAUUUGAUAAUCAAAUGAGUUAAUAAAUUAGAUGUGUUCUUUCAGGGAUUUGUAUCCCAAUUGGCUCUCCAUAGUUAACCCUAAAUAGACUGGGCUAUUUUGAUGCCUAAGAAGACUGGGGGGGGGGGGGGGGCUGAUUCAGCCCCCCCCCCCCCCCUAUGAUCUCGGCCGUCGACCGCGCGAUCGCGACGAAAAUUGGCACGUGCAUUACCCAUGGCAUAAUCUCCAAGACUAGGAUCAAAUUUUCAGAAAAAUCUCAUAAUUCAUUAAUUAUGCUAAUUUAUGCGUAAAAUCAAAGAUUUGUUCUAAUUAACUAAAGAAGGCCUCUAAACUGCUAAUUUUUUAUUCACAGACUCUUUGAAGGAUUCUGAUCAAAUGUACUUUUUAAAAAAUUCAAUAUCACAAUAAUUUUCUUAUGUAUUUUAUUGUUUUUAAAAUUUCUUAUGUAUUUCUUAGUUUUUUUACUUUUUGUUUUUUAUUGUUUUUUCAUUGGAAAUCGUUUGCUUCUUUAUUCUGACCAUAAACAAGAUGAAAUUAAUUGAGUUUGAUUAGUAAAAUUGAAAAUAAUGAUACAUUUAUGAAUUUUGGCUAAAACACAAUUUGCAUUGGAUUUGUACACAAAUUCAUGUUUUUGAGCAAUUUCGGGUCGACAUGCACUUACAAAAUGUUGCGUUAUUUCGGAACCACGUACCUGGGCGUCGCAAAUUUGGUCUCAAAAGUUGUGCAAGACUUGAAAGAAAAAAGUCAUGGAACGUCGCGGCGCCAGCUUUUCGCGUUACAGAUUUAUCGCGAAAAAUGUCGAGGGGGGGCUGAAUAACCCCCCCCCCCCCCAGUCUUUUUAGGGUUAAACCACAACUUUAAACAAGGGUUUGAUUUAAACCCAAGUUCAGAAUACGGGCUUUUAUGUUUCUUUUAUUCAUGGCAAUAUCCUUUCUUCCUCAUGUGUCCACAUUAACCCUCCUAAGAAGAUGGGGAGGGGGGGCUGAUUCAGCCUCCUCCCCUCCUAUGAUCUUGGCUGUUGAUAUCGCGAUUGCGACAAAAAUUAACAUGCGUGUUACCCAUGACAUAAUCUACAAAACUGUAAUAAAGAUCAAAUUCUGCAAAAAUCUCAUUGCUCAUUAAUUAUGCUAAUUUAUGCUUGAAAUCAAAAGAUUGCCCGAAUAAAAUAAUGCACCAAAAAUGGUAACUUUCAGUUCACAGACUCUUUAUAGGAAUCUGAUCAAAUGUAUUUUUUUUUAAUGUCAACAUCACAUUUAUUUUAUUUUCUAAAUUUCUUUUGUAUUUCUUUGUUUUUCAACUUACUUUAUUUUGACCAUAAACAAGAUGAAAUUAAUUGAUUUUAAUCAGUAAAGGGAAAAAUACGUAUCCACUUAUGAAUUUAGCUGAAUUAUUUGCAUUAGAUUUGUAAACAAAUUUGCGUUUUUGAGCAAUUUCGGGUCUGCAUGCACUUACGAAAUGUUGUGUAAUUUCGGGACCAUGUACCCGUUGGUCUCAAAAGUUGCGCGAGACUUAAAAGUAAAAAGUUUGCGAGCGACUUCAACAAUCAAGGGUGAGGGCCUGAAUCAGCGGUAAAUUGCCAAUAUGUCUACUGCCAACUCGUCCACUCACAAUAUGGACUCCUUUCAUUUAGUCCAAUGCCAUUCCGUCUAACAACCAUUUGGUCCAGUCAUCACUUCAUCUGAUCACCAUUUCGUCUCAUAACCAGUUGGUCUAAUAUCCAUUUUCAUUUUCAUUCAUUUUGCACAAUUAACACUUAGUCCAAUUAGACCAAAUGGUGUAUGGACUAAAUGGACUUUAUCCAGGGUAGCCACUUCAGUUCCGAAACCGUUUCUACCAGCGGGCCUUGAUUAACAUGAUAACAUUAUUAUUACCCAAGCUAUAGCUGCGCUGCCAAUGCUCAAGCAUUGGAGGUAUUUCUUUUUUGUAUUUUUUUUAAUUUAUGUUUUUAUUGAUAAAUCUUCAACAUACCCAUUAACCAAACCUGUGUCAAGUGCAGCACAAUGUGGGUAAAUCUCUUGCUAAAGGAAAACAUGCCGUGACUGGAAAUCGAACCCACGUCCCUCAGAUUGAAUGACCAGCCACUAGAUCAGGUUUAUUAUCAAUUGGUCCAAUGCCAACUCAUCCAAUUACCAACUUGUGUACUAUCAUUUGGUCUGCCAUCAAUUCGUCCACUGUCCACAAGAUCUAAUUGCCAUUUUGUCCACUUGCCAUUUCGUUGUCUAAUCAGUUGGUCCAAUAGCCAUUUAGUCCAUAUACCAUUUGGUCUAAUUGGAAUGAAUGUUAAUUGGGCGAAAUGAAAGAAAAUUAAAUGGAUAUUAGACAAAAUGGUUGAGAUGAAAUGGUCAUAGACGAACUGGUGAUUAGACGAAGUGAUGAUUGGACCAAAUGGCUAUUGGACCAAAUGAAUGUUAGACGAAAUGUUGAUGGACGGAAUGGCAUUAGACUAAAUGAAGUUAGACCCUGUGAUGAGUGGACGAGUUGGCAAUAGACGAAUUGGUAAUUUAUGAAACAGGAUACCCCCUCAAUGCCUACAUAGUAGUUCAGACUUAUUGUUCUAAAUGAAGUUUAUUGACACUACAGUAUAUAAGAUUUGUGAGCUUUACUUACCUUAAUGUGCCUCAUAGCUUCCAGAUAUUGUAAUUUAGAACAAGAAAUUAAUUGACAGAACACACAAUCUUGCCUUUAAUAUACUUGUAAGCUAGUCCUAAGAUUUCAUGGGAAGAAAUAAUUUCCCAACCAAAAGACAUAGUUCUCAAGCUCUUGUGCUUCUCAUCAAAAGGGAGUAAGGCAAUGGCUUUACCAAAUUACUUUUUUAAUAAAGCCAUGAUUAACCCAUAAAGGCACAGCACCUCUGGUGAGUGGUCAUAUACCAAUAAUAGAAAAUUUAUGUAUAUUGCCUCACCAAGAAAAAUUGCAUCACUAAAGCUGGCACAGAGCGAAGACCAUCGGUCGAGGGGGGGGGGGGCUGAUUCAACCCCUUCCCCUGGUCUUCUCGGGUGCAACAUAUCCCAGUUAUUUUAGGGUUAAUCUGAAGAGGGGCCGAAAUGCACUUACAUUAUACCUGCUUAUAAUCAGUUCUAAUCUAUUUGUUAGAAGCCUUCCAUUUUGGUCAUUUUGUAUAUUUGAUGAAUUAUACGCAUGAUUUGCAUGAACUGUUGUGUAAAUUUCAUUUUCAAAGGAAUUGAUUUUCAUUUUAAUAAAAGAUCAAAUAACAA